AAAAUUAUAAGCUCUUGAUCAUGGAUUUAUUGUGGAGUUAAAAAUAUUCAAUUUUCACAUUCCCUCAGGGACUAGCUUUUAGACUUGUUAAAAGGUUCGCUUGGAGCAAGUUUGCAAAAGUCCAAAAGCACACACAUAUAUAUAGGAAUCUUUUGCAUCGUUGUGUUCAGGAAUAUUUCGCACUCCCAGUACGCCAACAUGGGAGUAGUGAUCUUCAUGUCUAUCUACAUAUUGAAGCCUUUAACGUUUAUGUUUUUGCCAAUUAUUCUCUAUCUGUUUCACGUAAUUUUACGUGACCUAUGGCGAGUUAAUCGAAAACUUUCCUGCCAUGGCCCGCCAACAUAUCCCAUCAUUGGAUGCUUGAUUUCCUUCUACAAGAACCGCAACCAUCUUUUGGAUUGGUACACUGAGCUACUCACGGAAUCAGCAACCAACACGAUCGUGGUGCACCGAUUUGGUGCACCACGAACCAUAGUCACUGCAAAUCCAGAGAACGUGGAGUACAUGCUCAAGACAAACUUCAACAACUUUCCCAAAGGUAAGCGCUUCACUGAGAUUCUUGGCGAUUUUCUUGGGUUCGGUAUAUUCAAUGUGGAUGGGGAGCUUUGGCGCAGCCAGCGCAAGUUGGCUAGCCACGAGUUCAGUGCCAAGUCCCUGCGAGAGUUAGCCAUGAAUACCCUGGAGGAAGAGGUGGAGAAGCAGUUGUUGCCGCUGCUGGAGUCAUUGGCCGCCGCGAAAGAAGUGGUUGACUUGCAGGAGUUGCUGAGACGACUCGCAUUCAACAUGGUUUGUGAGGUUUCCUUGGGGAUUGAUCGGUUUUGCUUAGAUCCUUCCCAACCCAUUUCGCCACUAGCAAAGGCUUUCGACAUGGCCUCAGAGGUAUGUGCAAGGCGUGGAGCCGCACCUCUUUUCAUUGUUUGGAAGAUCAAAAGAUGGCUCGGACUAGGAUCUGAGCAAAAGCUAAAGGAUGCUGUUGAAGAAGUUCAUGCCUAUGUGAAUGAUAUAAUUCAACACAGGAAGCAAAAGAUGAAUCAACGUGAUCAGGUUUGCAGUGAAGAUGAUCUCCUAUCACGGUUCAUAUCAGCCGGACAUGAAGACGAGAUUAUAAGAGACAUGAUGAUAAGCUUCAUCAUGGCAGGAAGGGACACAACUUCAGCGGCAAUGACAUGGUUCUUCUGGUUGCUUUCCUGCCAUCCUGAUACAGAGCAAGAGGUGCUGAAGGAGAUAGAAUCCGUCGCAGGGGAUACAGAAAUGUUGGAUUAUGAAUCGUUGAAGGAGUUGAAAUUGUUGAAGGCAUGCCUCUGCGAAUCCAUGAGGCUAUACCCACCUGUGGCUUGGGACUCCAAGCAUGCCAUGGUCGACGACUUGUUGCCAGAUGGAACUCCGGUCAAUGCUGGAGACAGGCUGACUUACUUUCCUUAUGGGAUGGGGAGAAUGGAAGCACUGUGGGGGAAGGACAGGCUUGAGUUCAAACCGGAUCGGUGGUUUCUCGAACCAGACAAGGAGAAAUCAGGAGCUCUGAAGGAGGUGUGCCCCUACAAGUUCCCAGUUUUUCAGGCCGGUCCAAGGGUGUGUCUCGGGAAGGAGAUGGCCUUCACUCAAAUGAAGUACGUUGUGGCUUCCAUUCUUAGGCGGUUCGAGUUUAGACCCGUAGGUUCAGAAAGUCCUCUCUUUGUGCCACUCCUGACGGCUCACAUGGCUGGCGGGUUCAAGGUUUUGGUUCACAGGAGGAGAUAGAUCAACGAGAUCUCACUAAAUUAUUCAAACAACAGAAUAAACUAAGAAAGUAGUAAUAGUCAAUGGUUAUGAUUUACCAUUUAUUCAGGUGUAACAUGCCACUAAGCCUCAAUUGUGUUAUAAGGGAUAUCAAUAUAUACAUAUAUAUAUAUAUAUAUAUAUAUAUAUAUAUAUAUAUAUAUAUAUAUAUAUAUAUGUAUGUAUAAUAAUAAUCAUUCAAUCGAUGCACAUGUGGUUGUGAAGACCAUGUGAGUAGUGUUUAAUUGAGGAUAAUUCCUCCUUUAUAGUCAAUUGUU